AUGGGCCCAUGGGCCCCGUGGCCACCAUCCCCACCCCCGUGGCCACCAUCCCUAGCCUUGUGGCCACCAUCCCCACCCUCGUGGCCACCCCUGUCCCCUCCCCAGGCGUCGGCGCAGAUGCAGGAGCGGCUGGAGGAGUUCGUGCGGGGCUGUGGCCCCGGGGGGACCCCGCUGGCCGACGGGGCCCUGAGCUUCAUCCAGCACCAGCUGGCCGAGCUGGCCCGGGACUGCCUGGCCAAGGCCCGGCACGGGCUGGUCACGGCCGGCUACUUCUGCGAGCUGCAGGAGAACAUGGAGCGCCUGCUGCAGGACGCGUACGAGCGCUCCGAGUCGGAGGAGGUCGCUUUCAUCACCCAGCUGGUCAAGAGGCUCCUGAUCAUCAUCUCCCGCCCGGCGCGGCUGCUCGAGUGCCUGGAGUUCGACCCCGCGGGUCUGUCCCAGCUGCUGGCGGCCGCCCCGGGCCGGGCCGAGGGACCCCUGAGAGCCGACACGCCCCGGUACCUGCUGAGACAGCUGGGCCGCGCCCGGGGGCUCACAGACGUGCUACACCUGGAGGAGCCCGACAGCAGCGGCACCAACACCCCGGACCCCGAGGAGGGGGCUGAGGGCCGCGCCGCCGCCCCCAGACCCAAGGAGCCGCCGGGUGAGAGCGACUUCGAGACCAUCAAACUGAUCAGCAACGGCGCCUACGGCGCGGUGUACCUGGUGCGGCACACGGCCACCCGGCAGCGCUUCGCCAUGAAGAAGAUCAACAAGCAGAACCUGCUGCUGCGGAACCAGGUGCACCAGGCGUUCGUGGAGCGCGACAUCCUCACCUUCGCCGAGAACCCCUUCGUGGUCAGCAUGUUCUGCUCCUUCCAGACCCGCCGCCACCUCUGCAUGGUCAUGGAGUACGUGGAAGGCGGGGACUGCGCCACCCUCCUCAAGCACAUCGGGGCGCUGCCCCUGGAGCUGGCGCGGCUCUACUUCGCCGAGACGGUGCUGGCGCUGGAGUACCUGCACACCUACGGGAUCGUGCACCGCGACCUGAAACCCGACAACCUGCUGAUCACCUCGCUGGGCCACGUGAAGCUGACGGAUUUCGGGCUCUCCAAGAUGGGGCUGAUGAGCCUGACCACCAACCUGUACGAGGGACACAUGGAGAAGGACGCGCGCGAGUUCCGCGACAAGCAGGUGUGCGGCACCCCCGAGUACAUCGCGCCCGAGGUGAUCCUGCGCCAGGGCUACGGCAAACCCGUGGACUGGUGGGCCAUGGGCAUCGUGCUCUACGAGUUCCUGGUGGGCUGCGUGCCCUUCUUCGGGGACACGCCCGAGGAGCUCUUCGGGCAGGUGAUCUCAGACGAGAUCCUGUGGCCGGAGGGGGACGAGGCGCUGCCCCCGGACGCUCAGCACCUCAUCUCGUGCCUGCUGCAGCCGGACCCGCUGCGGCGCCUGGGGGCGGGGGGCGCGCAGGAGGUGAAGGCUCACGGGUUCUUCGCCGCGCUCGACUGGACGGGGCUGCUGCGGCAGAAAGCCGAGUUCGUGCCGCACCUCGAGUCCGAGGAGGACACCAGCUACUUCGACACCCGCUCGGACAGGUACCCCCACGUGACGUCGUACGAGGACGAGGACACGACCGAGGACGAGCCCGUGGAGAUCCGGCAGUUCUCGUCCUGCUCGCCGCGCUUCAGCAAGGUGUACAGCAGCCUGGAGCAGCUCUCGCAGGAACCGAAGCCCAAGGGGCGCCCUCGGGACGAGGGGAGACGCGACGGCUUCACCCGGGAGCGCGGCUGGAGAACGGGAUCCCCUGAGCUGAAACACCGCUCGGCAGGUGAGGGCGCGCCCCCCGAGGGGGAGGGCAGCCCCCCGCCCGGCGCCCGCCGCCGCUUCUCGGCUCUGCUGGAACCGGCGCGUCCCGGAGGCGCCCCCGAGGAGCGGCGGAACGGGGGGCGCGAGGGACCCCCGGAGGGCGGCAGCGAGGAGCCAGCGAGGGCCGGGGAGUUGCCCCCGGCGCGCACCGAGCUGGGGCUGCGGCGGCCGCGGCACCCGGGGGUGGCCCCGGCGGAGGGAGGGGGCGACAAGCGCAGCCCCCGAGCCCCCGGCAAGGUCACCAAGUCGGCGUCGGCCACGGCGCUGUCCGUCAUCAUCCCCAGCGGGGAGGCGCCCGGCUCGUCCCCCCUGGGCAGCCCGAUGUCCCCGCGGUCGCUGUCGUCGGACCCCUCGUCUCGGGACUCGUCGCCGGGCCGGGAGCUCGCCCCGGCCGUGGCCGCCCCUCCCCGCUCGCCCAUCGCCAUCCCCCGGCCCGGCAAGAAAUUCGGGUUCACGCUCCGGGCCAUCCGCGUCUACCUGGGCGACAGCGACGUGUACAGCGUGCACCACGUCGUCUGGCACGUGGAGGAGGGGGGCCCCGCGCAGGAGGCCGGGCUGUGCGCCGGGGAUCUGAUCACGCACGUGAACGGGGAGCCGGUGCACGGGCUGGUGCACACCGAGGUCGUGGAGCUCAUCCUCAAGAGCGGGACCAAGGUGCUGGUGACAACGACCCCGCUGGAGAACACCUCGAUCCGCUUGGGCCCCGCUCGGCGCCGCAGCGCCCGCGCCAAGAUGGCCCGGAGGAACCGCCGCGGGGGCACCGGGAGCGGCCACGAGAGGCGGCGCAGCGCGCUGUUCCGGCACCUCGCCCGCCAGGCCUCGCUGCUGCACACGAGCCGCUCGCUGACGUCACUGAGCCGCUCGCUCUCCUCCUCCGACUCGCUGCCCGCCUCCCCCACGCAUGCGCGGGCGCGCGACCCCGGGGCCUCCCCGCCCAGCAGCUCGCCGGGUUCCAGCGCUCCGCCAUCACCGGCCGGGCCGCACCUGCGGCCGAGCUCGCUGCAGGGGCUGUCGCCGAAGCUGCAGCGGCAGUACCGGGCGGCUCGGUGCCGUUCCGCCGGCAGCAUCCCGCUGUCGCCGCUCGCCCACACCCCCUCGCCGCCCGCCGCCUCCCCGCCCGCCUUCCCCGCCAAGCUGCACCCCAAGGCCGCCGAAUCGCCGCGCCUCGCCCGCCGCGGGCUCCCCGAGAAGGCGGCACCGGGGCCCCCCCGCAAGCUGGGGCUGGAGCCCCCCCGAAAGGACUUCCCGGCCGAGCCGCCGCUGCAGAGCUUGGCCGAGUGGGACGGGGAAGGCCCGGCCGAGCCGCCCCCUCCCGCGCCCCCCGCCCGCCGCCUGGGCCGGCAGGAGCUGCCGCUGCUGCUGGGGGGUCCCCCCGGGGCAGAGCCGCCGCCCCCCCGGGAACCGGAGGAGCCCGAGCGGGGGGCGCGGGGUCCCCCCAAAACGCUCAGCCCGGUGCAGGAGCACGAGCGAGGGGGGGCGGCCCCGGGGGGGCCCCCGGUGCCCAUUGUGGUGGUGGGGCCCGGUGCGACCCCCGGGGAUCCCCGGAGCGCCGCGGGGCCCCCCGGGCGCUGAGCUUUACCCGAGACCCCCCCUCCCCAAAACCCCCGGCUGUAAAUAGGGGGGAACCCCGGGACCCCCAGGCAUGCGGGGGUCGCGCCCCCCCGGCCCCUCCCCGCGUACGCGAAGGGUUAAUACUGUGACACACACACACCCGCGUGUGACGUCAUCACUCCCGGUGUGACGUCAUCACCCCCCCGGUGAUGCCCCUCUGUCCCCCCCAACCCCGGUGUCCCGUUUGCCCCCGGUUGUGGCUCCCGGUGUUGGCGUCAAAGCGGUGAUGACGUCACGGCACCGAUGGCACGGGGCGCUGCUCUGACGUCACUCGGGGAAGGGGAUGCAGCGUGACGUCAUUGAGUGGUGACACCACCGCUGUGACGUCACCGACGGUGUGAGGGCGGUGAUGUCACCGCUGCAGUGACAGGGGAAGGGGAGGGGGGGCGCUACACCCGGUUUCAACCCGGUGGUGACGUCACACCACGACGGUGACAUCACCGACACCCCCGUGACAUCAUCACACUCCCCUUCCCCCCUCCCCCCCCCCGUUCUCGCUAUGCAAACGCCCCCCCCCGG